UACUCGCGCGAGUCACACUAAAACAAAUAAUGCCGGGUUCUUAAAAACACAAAGUUUACUUAACCUUUUUGUCCCUGAACAUGUCUUCAUCAGUAGCCAUCUUGGGUGGAGGUAUCUCCGGUUUAUCUGCUGCUUACUAUUUAUCUAAAGCGUCACCCAAGAGUAAAAUUCUUGUGAUUGAAGGAUCUAAAAGAGUAGGUGGCUGGAUUCGUAGUCAAAGAGUUCCUCCCGGCUAUCAUUCAUCUGCGCCAUCAUUACCAACCGACCCAAACAAUGUGCUUUUCGAAGUCGGCCCUCGAAGUUUGCGUCCAGUUGGUCCAGGCGGUGCUGCCAUUUUAUCUAUGUCAAAAGAUCUCGAAUUACAACAAGAAAUGAUCUUUGUUUCAAAAACAGAUCCUUCGGCAAAAAACAGAUACAUUUACUAUCAAAAUCAGAUCAACACUUUACCAACCUCAUUGUCGUCCUUAAUAUUGAACCAACCACCUGUAUUCAAGUCCGUUUUAAAAUCAAUUAUGACCGAGCCUUUUGUUCCUACCUCAACCAAGGAUGAUGAAUCACUUUAUUCCCUGGUUGCACGUCGUUUUAACGAUCAUGUGGCAUUAAAUUUGGUUGGAGCUAUUACACAUGGUAUUUACGCAGGUGAUGCGAAACAAUUAUCAGUAAAGUCAACCAUGCGUAUACUUUACGAGGCCGAGAAAAGAAGCGGUAGUGUUGUUAGAGGUAUGUUUGGAAAGACUGCUCCUUUAUCUAUUGCAGAACAAGCAAUGAUUGAUGAACUUGAUGAUGGUGGAAAAACAACAAGGGAGACCAGUGUCUUUGGGUUCAAGCAAGGUACUGAGACUUUGGUUUCAAAAUUAAGAUUAUAUCUCAGCCAGCAAAGCAAUGUUACCAUUAUCACUGAAAAGCAAGUGAAGAAGCUGACGAAGAACAAAAAUGGUGAUAAAUUAAAGAUUUAUGCGGAUGAUACUUCCGUCCAAGUUGAUCAUGUCAUUUCGACUAUACCGUCAAAAAAAUUAAACAUAUUAUUACAAAAAUCCUUACCCAACCUAUCUCAUAAUCCAUCUGUCGACGUUGCUGUCAUCAAUUUUGCAUAUGACAACAUCUCAUUGAAAUACAACGGCUUUGGAUUUUUAACACCCCAUCCAGAUUCCCACUACAAAAUACCCGUACCUGGAACUUUAGGCGUUGUAUUUGAUUCUAAUGCUAUGCAUGGCCAAGAAAAAAAUGACAAACUAGUAAAAUUGACUGUUAUGAUGGGAGGACAUAUGUGGAAUAGUGCUUUUGAUGGACUACGUGUGGACCAAGUAGAUCCAGAAUUCGUGCAUCAAAGAGCGAGUGAAGCACUUAGAGUAUACUUGGGGAUUGAAGAGAUCCCAAAAUACAGCAUGGUCAAUAUCUUACCAGAAUGCAUCCCUCAGUAUGUGGUUGGGCAUGAAGCAAGGCUAGGAGAGCUUCACCAACACAUGAAACAAGAAUAUGGACAUCUUUUGAGUGUAACUGGUGCAAGUUAUCUCGGUGUGAGUGUUCCAGACUGUGUGAAAAAUAGUAAACUAUUGGUGCAGGACCUUCUUGAUACCGGUGCAUUAGGAUUGCGUGAAAACGUUGUCACUGGUUUAAAUAGAGUUAUCCAAUAAGCGGCAUUGAAAAACAUAAACAUUAAAUGAUAGAUGCGCAUAAUGAUGCCAAGAUUGUGUCGACAAGCUCGUUUGGAUUAGAUCCUUUUUUUUAAAAGUCCAUUCCAAGAUUUUUAGUCAAAACCUUCUCAAUAUUUCUUACAUCGCAAUAAAAGUUUUCUUUUCUUCCCCAACAA